AGGACCAAUGUCUGUGCUAAGUCAGUUGGUGCUAUUUUCCUGCAACACCCAUGUGUUUAAAUACAGAGCACACAUGGUUAACGCUAGUGGUCUCAACUCUUAGGGGCAGGGUUUAUAGAUGAGGACAGAGGACCGGGUUAUAGUACAGUCUCCCGUGUCCAAGCACUCUCUAAUCGGGGAAUACGAGAAAGGCGUCCGGUCACCUUACAUUUGUACAAUCACCUUUUUUUAUGACAUUGUUUUUAUUUAUGACCGAAGGAUAUUUACAAUAAGGACAGGCAUACAGCUGCACGUCUUCAGAAAAAGAGAGAGUGUUUCGUCUCGUCUGCAGUUCAGAAGCUAUCAUUUGCUGACAGAGGCGACACUGUCACGACAUGAGCAAAUUAAGAGCACCCGCUUCCAAACUCUUCAACCUGCUGUUUGCAACCACAUUUGCAAAGAAGACCAGUUGCUAUGGAGUGCAGAGACUGGGCUCCACAGCGGCUCCCCAGCCCCAGGUCUGCAUUGUGGGCGGUGGUCCAGCAGGAUUCUACACAGCACAGCACCUGCUCAAGAGUCACAAGGGAGUCCAGGUGGAUAUCUUUGAGAAGCUCCCAGUCCCCUUUGGCCUUGUGCGGUUUGGAGUGGCGCCUGACCACCCCGAAGUCAAGAAUGUGAUCAACACCUUCACUCAAACAGCCCGCCAGGAUCGCUGUGGUUUCUAUGGCAAUGUUACCGUGGGCUCAGACGUCACAGUGGAGGAACUGAAACAGGCAUACCAUGCGGUCAUUUUGAGCUAUGGUGCUGAAGGGAGCAGGAGCCUGGGGAUCCCUGGGGAGGAGCUGUCUGGAGUGCACUCCGCUAAAGACUUUGUGGGCUGGUACAAUGGGGUGCCAGGGAACAAGGACCUGAAGCCGGACCUAAGCACUGAGACGGCGGUGAUUCUGGGGCAGGGGAACGUGGCUCUGGAUGUGGCCAGGAUCCUGCUGUCCCCUCUGGAGCUGCUCAAGAAAACAGACAUCACUGCGAGUUCCUUGGAGGCCAUCGGGGGCAGCAGAGUGAGGAGGGUGCUGAUUGUGGGGAGACGGGGCCCCCUACAGGUUGCCUGCACAAUCAAGGAGCUGAGGGAGAUGAUAAACCUGCCCGGGACCAAGCCUGCCCUUGACCCGCGGGACUUCCAAGGGCUCAGAGAGGCUGUACAAGACGUCCCCAGACCCCGCAAGCGUCUCACGGAGCUCCUGAUGAAGGCAGCACUGGAGAACGCUGCUGGGAAGGAUGCAGAGCGUGAGUGGAGUCUUCGUUUCUUGCGCAGCCCUGCCCACAUCCUACCCAGCCCAGACAGGAGCAGAGCAGCAGGGAUCCGAUUGGCUGUCACCCGCCUGGAGGGCUCGGGGGAGCGUGCCAGGGCAGUGCUGACGGGGGAAGUGGAGGAAGUGGAGUGCGGGCUCAUCGUGAGCAGCAUUGGCUACCAGAGUCUGCCCAUUGACCCGGCCGUGCCCUUUGACCUGCGGCAGGCCAUCAUUCCCAACAGAAUGGGCCGCGUGCAGCAGGCUCCUGGCCUGUAUUGCAGUGGCUGGGUGAAGAGGGGCCCAACAGGGGUGAUUGCCACCACCAUGAACGACAGCUUCGACACGGCCUGCUCCGUGUUGGAGGACAUGGAGUCGGGACAGCUAGACACCAGCACCCCCAGAGCAGGGGCCUGCGCUCUGCAUGCUCUCCUGAAACAAAGAGGUGUGACGCCGGUCUCCUUCGCUGGCUGGGAGAAGAUUGAUGCAGUGGAGACGGCGAGGGGCAUGGCGGUUGGCAAACCGCGGGAGAAGCUAGUGGAUUUGCGGGACAUGCUGAAAGUGGCUAGUCUGUGAGGGAGUCUGCGAGACAGCUGGGUACAAACCUGCUGCUAUGGACAAAUGUUUUGCAUCACCUACAAUCUUAGGAUUGAGAUAUAAUUUUAAAAAAUAAUAGAUAUUUUCAAUCUUUUAUUUAACAUCUUGUAAUCAAGGAAACUACAAAAUGGUGUUGCAAAAGUCUCCUGGAAGCCAUCUGAGCAGUUCAGUAUGUCAUGUUAGAUUUCGAAAUGUUAAGUAUAUGGAAAAGUACAAGGUGUGUGGAGCUGGAUCAAGCAUUACAACUACACAACAAUUGACUUAACAAAUCAUAUGGGGUGUGGUCAUCUUAACACUGUACACAUUGGAACUGGAGGUGCAUUGAGCCUUUUCCUUGCUCUGUAUAUGGUAGUUCAUUAUUGAUUAUUUUUUAAUUUAUAAUUGUGAAUGUCUUGUGAAAGGUGCAGGGCAGGAGCGCUGGCUACAGUCAGUAAUGAUGCCAGCACUCAGGCAGGCUCUGGGAGAGCUCCUAACAGCUUGUUAUCCUUAUGGUAGCUUAAAAAUUCUACCAAAUAGCCAAAUUAGUCAGAACUGUGUGCAAUUAUUUAAUGGAAACACUGCAUAAAAUACCAAAACCAAACGAACACCCCCUGCCUAUCUGCCAGUCCUGGGCCUCUCUCACGCAUCUCUGGAACCACUGGAU